UGCAGAGAAGGCCAAACCCACGCGUGGAAACGUCCAAAAACUCAUCUCUUUCUCUCCCUCUCUCGUUUUUUGAUUCUUUUCUUUGAAACGUCUUCUAGGGUUUCUCAAAUCUUGACUUCUCCAAAGAGAAACGUUGUGAGGCAAACACGAAUCAAACAAAGAAGAGUCGAAGACGAAGAAGAAUCCGAACAACCCAGAAAAGAAAGUUUCGAUCUUUUUUCCGUUUUGUCCGAAUCAUCGAGCAAACAAAAUAUUCCAUCUUUGGCUGUGAAUCCAACAUGACAUCCGCAAAGCUCAACGCUUUGCCUGAAUCUAACCAAUACCCAUCUCUUCCUUUCCCUCAAGAUCCCUCCUUUUAGCUCUGUUUCGUUCGCGUACUCUGUUUUUUUAUUCUAGAUGGGUUGCGUUCAAUGCAAAUGUUGUAGCCGAUACCCAUCCUCAUCAUCAGAAGCCGCCUCUUCUCGUGGGCACGGACCAACCUCCAAGCCCCAAAACGACGCCGUUCCGAAGCCUCUCUCAUCAACAACAAUCCAUGUUCCAUCUCCCAACUUCGAAUUGGUCUACUCUGUUCUCUCUCAGCGAGGCUACUAUCCUGACUCGCCCGAUAAAGAGAAUCAAGACACUUACUGCAUCAAAACCGAGCUCCAAGGCAACCCCAACGUUCACCUCUUCGGCGUCUUCGACGGCCACGGCGUGUUCGGGACUCAAUGCUCUAACUUCGUCAAGGACAGAGUCGUUGAACUCUUGUCUGAAGACGCUGCUCUGCUUCAAGAUCCAGAGAAGGCUUACAAGUCUGCUUUUUCAAGAGUUAACCAAGAGUUGCACGAGAGCGAGAUCGAUGAUUCGAUGAGUGGGACCACUGCUAUUACAGUUCUUGUCGUUGGGGACAAGAUCUAUGUAGCUAAUGUCGGGGAUUCAAGAGCUGUGUUGGCUGUUAAAGACGGGAGUCACAGGAACAGGAUCUUAGCUGAGGAUUUGUCUUAUGAUCAGACUCCUUUUAGGACAGAUGAGUGUGAGAGGGUGAAAGGGUGUGGAGCUAGAGUGCUGAGUGUUGAUCAGGUCGAAGGGCUGAAGGAUCCGAGCGUGCAGACGUGGGCUAGUGAAGAGAACGAAGGCGGUGACCCGCCUAGGCUUUGGGUGCAGAACGGGAUGUAUCCGGGGACGGCGUUUACUAGGAGCGUUGGAGAUAGUUUAGCUGAGGGGAUUGGUGUUACUGCGGAGCCUGAAGUGUCUAUGGUUAAGCUUUCGCCGAAUCAUUUGUUCUUUGUUGUUGCGAGUGAUGGGAUCUUUGAGUUUCUUCCGAGCCAAGCUGUUGUUGAUAUGGUGGGGAGGUAUGCUGAUCCGAGAGAUGGAUGUGCAGCGGCUGCGGCGGAGUCAUACAAACUGUGGUUGCAGCAUGAGAAUAGGACAGAUGAUAUCACAAUUAUCAUUGUACAGAUUAAAAACUUGUCUAAUGAAUGAUGAUGAUGAUGAUGAUGGCAUGAUUCAAACUCCUAUUUGCCCCCUUUGUUUCUUCUGUGUUUCUAUGUCAGAGAUUCAUCAUAUAUAGCAAAAGUAAAAGUGUGUGUUGAAAAGAGAUUCUUUUACUGAGUUACAAGAUGUGUUUAAUGCAA